GUCGGUCUGCCUUCGCGGUGGAGGCUCAGACCAUCGUCUUUGGUGGUGAAAAACACAGGCACCGUCGGGUGCCCGUGCUUAUCUCAGUGGAGAACCCGAUGCAUUCUCCGUUGUAUGUGACUCUCCAUGGUUUUUUCUGAUGUUCAGAAUGGUGGUAAUUUUCAGUGAGUUGGAAGUUUGGUUCGUGUACUGAGGAAAUGGGGAAACUUGGGAAGAAGGCUCGUAAGUUUGCUCGUAAGAAUCUUCAGUCUGUUCAAAAGAGAAAGCGAAAGCAGAAUGCUUUCAGGGGUUCCCUCGGGAAAAAAAGGGCUUCUAGUAGGUCUUAUAAUCCAGGAGCUAAAGUUGAAAAUUUGGAUCAUCCAACUUCUGCAGAUACAAAGACUGUAGAGGGAUAUCCUGAAGAUAUUGUAAACCAGACGCUGGAUGACAUUUUUGCAGAUACUUUUGGUAAUGAUAUUUACAAUGAUCCAACUGCGCAUUCUGAUUCCGAGAGUGAUGGUCUUCUCCCUGAGGAUUCUGCUGCUCCAUAUCUUUUCACAGAGAGAAGUGAUGGCAGUUCAGGGGAAGGUUAUGAUACUACUCUCUCUGAGCAGAACAAGGCAAUUCAGAUGGAGCUUAUGAAGCAAAAGAGAAAACUAGAUAGAUUGAAGAAAAAGGAUCCAAAAUUUCGUGAAUUCCUGGAAAAUCAUAGUUCACAGCUUCAACAUGCAAGCGAUGAAGAGUUGCUAUCAGAUGAAGAAGGUGGGCCAAAUGGCAAAGUCCUUACAAGUUCCACCAUUGCUUCAUGGUGCCAACAGAUCAUGAAUCAGGAGGACAUCUCUGUGCUUCCUAAUCUGUUAAAUGGAUUUAGGGCUGCAUGUCAUUAUGGAAGUGGAAGCCCUGAUGCAACGGUAUACAAGUUUCAAACAAAAGUGGCCUUCUGCAAAAUUCAAUUUUUUGUGCUUCAUCAAUCUGACAGCAUCUUCAGAAGAUUGAUGGGGAUGUCAAAUUCUGGUUGCAAGAAGAGCACUAUAUUGGAACUGCAAUGUACUUCAAAGUGGACCUCUAUGAAGCCGUUGGUUAAGUCUUAUUUUAAAAGUACAUUUUACCUUUUGACUCAGGUUACAGAUACACAAAUAAUUGCCUUUAUCCUUUCUCGACUCAGAGAUUCAGUUAGCUUUUUGGUUCCAUUUCCAGAAUUACAGAGAAGACUUAGCAAGAUUGCCAUUAACCUAUGGGCAACUGGAGGAGGAAGUGUCUCUUCAAUGGCACUUUUACUUAUUCUGGACAUGGCUGUUUAUUUAAAGACAGAGGUCUAUGAUUCCUUUCUAAUUGAUACAUAUCGAACAUUUAUGGCUCACUGCAAAUUUGGUGAACCUGAAAAUGAAAAACAUAUCCAAUUUCUUGCUGAUUCAGUUGUGGAAUUAUACUCACUGGAUGUUGCUAAAUCAUAUCAUAAGGCAUCCAUCCUUAUGCAACAUCUUUCCAGGGUUUUGCGGCCUGCUUUCAAAAGAAAAAAUAAGGAGGGACUAAGGCUAAUACAUGAUUGGCAGUAUGUGAACUGCCUCGAACUUUGGGUUAAGUUUGUAUCUGCUAACAUCAAGGAAUAUGAUCUUCAGGGGUUGCUAUACUUGGCAAUUCAGAUUGUAACUGGAGUAGCGCAUUUGUUUCCUGGGCCUCGUUUCUUGCCUUUGAGGCUUAAGUGCAUUUGUUUGCUGAAUAAGCUUUCAGAUGCCAGUGGUGUCUUCAUUCCUGUGGGUUAUUUAUCUCUAAGCUUAUUAGAAUUUGGGGAAGACGGUAAAGCUGAUGAUAGAGCUCCAAAAGAUUUUAAUUUUUCAAGAUUCUUAAAGGUGCCAAAGCAACUAUUGAAACUGAGCAAGUAUCGGGAGGAGUGUGUGCGUUCUGCAGUUACAACACUAGCAGAGCACUUUUUUCAAUGGAGCUACCAUAUAUCCUUCCCAGAGUUAGCUUUGUUUCCCCUUAUGAGCUUCAGGAAGUUUUUGCAAAUGAGGAAUAGUGAGAACCUCAGGCAUCUUGUAAAGCCCUUUGUGGACCAGGUGGAGAGAAACAUAGACUUCGUUCAGAGGAAGAGGGAUGAAAUUGCUUUUUCUCCAAAUGAUCAAGCAUCUAUUGAAUCUUUUCUCCAGGAUGAAAAAAGAAAAGGGAAUGGUUCUUUCCAGAAGUAUUAUGCCAGUAUAGUUGGGAAAUCACUUCUCUAAUAUAGCAUAGAAGGAACGAAAGCAGUGGACUGGCUUAAAUUUAAACUGCUCCUGUAAUUGGCUUCUCUACGUGGCAAACUGGUACGUUCUUAAGAUAAAACGUAAUUGGCUUCUCUGCUUGCCAACUGGUACGUUCUCAAGAUAAAAUGUAAUUGGCUUCUAUGCUUGCCAACUGGUAUGCUUUUUUCUUCCUGUUCGUCCUCAAGAUGGUUUUCCAGCAUUGUAGAAGAUCCAGGUUGAAGUUACAAGAGAAAAUGUCUGGACAGGAGAAUGGAACUACAGGAGCAAGGACGAAGAGAAGUGCAAAUCUCAUAUAUAUUUCUUGAUUGCACAGUUUUCCUGAAUUAUUGUGUUACAUUAUAUCCAAUGACAACGAGUGGAUUAGUUAUAUUUGAAUUUGUUCUGUGCUCCAGAUAUCGGGGCCUUAUGCCAUGAAACAAUUCUGAUAAGCAAACCUUGAUUACUGGCCCCCAUCCCUCUUCUAGGGAACUAAUGCAUGCUUUAUAUCAAUUCAACCAA